AUGAGCCUGUACAGGCCUAUAUACUCUCCAGAAUCCAUCCGCACCCAUAAGCUCGAUCUGAAAUCACUUGUCAACCCUCCUGAAGCUUCGUCGUCCAUCGACUCGCCAGCGUAUGAGGUUCGCCUCGCAUGUCGCCAGAAUACGAUCAACAACACCGCGGGCUUGGCAACGGGCCAUCUUCAGGCCAAUCUGCUUGUUCGGUCGGCUCGAUACGCAGGUGACUUUUAUGACCUCUGUCUACGCAAUCCAGUCUCGUGUCCGCUGCUGGCAAUGUCCGCAAAGCCAGGAGAUUGCCACGAUGUUCGACCCGCAGGUUGCAUCCAGACACCUGAUUUUGACCUGCGCACGGACUUUCCCCAGUAUCGUGUCUACCAGGAUGGCAGACUUGUUGACUCGACUCGAGAUCUUGUCGCACUAUGGACUCCCGCCACGUCACCUGCAGACCAGGAAAGUCGUGCCAAUGUACCGCUCGAGUAUCUUCCUACUUCCCGAGGGCUUUUUCAGCGCAGGCCAUUGUAUUGUAUCGAUGAGACCCUACCGACUGGAUCAGAUCGACCGUGUCAGAGACAUCACAAGAACAUAUCUGUCCCAGUUGCCUGGGGAUGGGAAGGUGCAAAAUCACUUGGGAUAUUUGAUAUUCGCAAGCCUGAUUUUGGCGAAGUGCCCGACUUUGAUCCCGACGAGGUGCCGAUUUUCUGGGUAAGAUCCCUCCUCGAGUCCAGUCGCCAAUUUGAGUCCGUGCCUUUAGUCCUCAUUUCUGAUGCGUCAUUCGACUGGAAGGAACAGGCGUGCGGCGUGACGCCGCGGAUUGCGGUUGAGGCUGCCGGAGAUCGAAUCGACGGGCUUGUCUUUGCCCAUGAGCCGGGUAACAUCCUUGUGACGGAUUGGACAGUAGCUGAUCUUCACAAUUUGCAACCAAGAAUGGUUUGGUCGUAG